GUCAAAGUGGCCUCCACGUCGCCCGGGCGGCCAAGAUGGCGGCGGCGGAGGGGAGCGGGGCCGGGGGGACCCUGUUCCCAGGUCUGGCAGAUGUGUCCAUAUCCCAGGACAUUCCAGUGGAAGGGGAGAUCACUGUCCCUGUGGGAUCUCACUCUCCUGAUGAGGAUUUCUCCACACUGGAUGAGCCAGUCAAGGACACAAUUAUGAGGGACCUGAAGGCUGUUGGGAAGAAGUUUGUCCAUGUCAUGUAUCCCAGGAAGAGCAGCACCCUCCUCAGGGACUGGGAUCUGUGGGGCCCAUUGGUGCUGUGUGUCUCCCUGGCUCUGAUGCUGCAGGGUGGCUCUGCAGACAGCAAGGAUGAUGGAGGGCCCCAGUUUGCCGAGGUCUUUGUCAUCAUCUGGUUCGGGGCCGUCGUCAUCACGCUCAACUCGAAGCUCCUGGGAGGCACCAUCUCCUUCUUCCAGAGCCUGUGUGUGCUGGGGUACUGUGUGAUGCCUCUGACCGUGGCCAUGCUGGUGUGCAGGCUGGUGCUGCUGGCGGGCGCGGGCACCGUCAGCUUCAUCAUCCGCCUCAUCGUGGUGGGGGCCAUGUUCGCCUGGUCCACCCUGGCAUCCACGGCGUUCCUGGCAGACAGCCAGCCCCCCAACCGCAAGGCCCUGGUCGUGUACCCCAUCUUCCUCUUCUACUUUGUCAUCAGCUGGAUGAUCCUGACGUUCACCCCGCAGUGAGCACCAUCCCAAGGGGCUGCUACACUGACUGGACUUUCUCAUGGACGCUGCAGUGAAUCCUUGGCUUUAUCUCCUUCUAAUUUAUAUAUAGGGAUACUGUAAAAAGGCAGGUUGUGGGAUAAAGCCAGAGGGCUGCAAAAAGUGCUCAUUUGUGUGUCACUCUUUGUGAAAGAUGCUGAGGUCCAACUGCUGAGGGGUUUAUUUAGCCCUGUUCUCUACUGGUGUUAAAUAAACAAUGCCCACUGGGACAGGGAUUGCUCCAUCUGAGGAGAAAGUGGGAAAUCCUGGAUUUUCAAGCUGCUGGGAGAUGAAGAUUUUGCACAAGUUGGCAGAUAUCCUGCCCGUGCUUGGAUUCUCACUGAAGAUAAAAAUGCCUUAUCAAACCAUAGAACUUCACUGCAAUGAUGUGUGGAGAGGAAAGAGAUGUGUCUGACUCUUUUUCAUUCCCUUCUAGAGUGGUGGGAUGUGCACCAGCCAUUGUGGGACUGGGGCUUUCCCAGGAAAGGAGAGUUCAGUCAAAACUCAGUUUUGCAGGGAAUGGAGCUGGUGGCAGGGAGUUGCUUUUGCCCAUAUCCAAAUGUUGUGUGUGUCCAUCCCUUCAUGUGGCAGGAGAGAAGGUUCCAGCUUGGUGCCUUCAGCACUGCCUCUGUGAGGGGACUGUGGGCUCACUGCAAGCUGCAGACCUGUGACCAGAGGGAACAAAGCUCAGAGUCCUGCAGAAAUGCUGAGACUGCUUUGUAGCAAAGUCUGGGCUCUCACGCUGCAUUUGGGAAGUGAAAAUUCCUUGGGAAGUACCAUGAAUGUGUAUCUAUGAUAAAAACAAAAAGUUCUGUGCGCAAAGUUGAGGUUUUGGGUCAUAAAAACCCUACCAGGGCUUGGGCCCCAGAGUGUUAAAACAGCUUGAAGGAAGGGAAAUAAAUGGUACUGGAGGUGUUGGUGCUCUGAAGCAGGAUAUGAAUUCUGCUCUCACCUGCCUCUGUGUGACUGUUCCUUUGGUUGUUCAUGGGGACAGCAAAGAAAUGUGUGCAAAUGUGCAUUUUGUUCCCUUGUACUUCCCAGGAGAUGUCAGACACUGUACUGUGGGGUUUUAAUUUUGCUUAAUACUUUAAUAAAAGGGAGGGGGCUCCACCAGUCACUGCAGGUUCAUUGUGUACCUCUCCUGGGUACAGGUGUGCAAGAGUCAGGUGCAUUUUGGCACAGACACUGGGAGCUGGGACUUGCUUUUGGAAACUACAGAAAUGAUUCCUGUUGUCUGUUGUUCUCAUUCAGCAAUCCAUGAAAUAUCUGGGGUGAAAAAGCUGCUGUAAAAUGUUAUUUUUCCUACAUUUGUGCAGACAGACUGAAACUGAGGUCUGUGGGUUCUGCUGAGGUGUGAAUGUGCCUAAUUUCUACUUCUUUGUGCAAGAGCUGUCUGUGCUGUAAACACUGGCAGUGGGUGGGAGCUGGGAUGGAAAUUGCUGAAUUUCAGAUUAAAAGUGCAUUUUUGCAUUAAUGGA